AAGGCUGCAGUAUUAAUGGGCUUAGGGUGGGAGGAUACAGGACAAACUUUUGGAGUACCUAUGGAGGGUUAUGAGCUUCAACAACAACUUCAUAUUUUUUACUUCAGUACCUCAGUACUUGCUUGCAUUGAUAUGUUUAACUUCUUAGAGACGAUGGACGAAGAGAUGUUAAGUGUGAUUUCAAGUGGUGAAGGGAAUGCAGCUUCAGAAGUUUCAGAUUCAAUCAGCACCAGUCACCCUGCAAAGAAACGCCAAAGAAGCGCCAGUAAUGGUACCUCAUCAAGAUUCAAAGGCGUUAUCCGACAGAAGAAUGGGCAGUGGGGUGCUCAGUUAUAUGCUAAUCAUACCCGGAUUUGGCUAGGAACUUUCAAAUCCGAAACAGAUGCGGCUAUGGCCUAUGACAGUGCAGCAAUCAAGUUUCGUACUGGAGACACUCAUAGGAACUUUCCAUUGACUGACAUCACGGUUGAGGAGCCAAAGUUUCAGAGCAAUUACAGUGCUGAAGCUGUGUUAGGCAUGAUAAGGGAUGGUUCCUACCAAUACAAGUUCAUGGACUUUCUCAAGCAUAGCUCUAGAAAUGGCAAAGUAGAGAUUGAUCUCAGCUCUGUAGGGACGGAUAGCGAAAAGGGGCUAAGCUGCAAACAACUGUUUCAGAAGGAGCUAACACCAAGCGAUGUAGGCAAGCUGAACAGACUUGUUAUCCCCAAAAAAUAUGCUGUCAAGUACUUUCCACCAAUUGAGGGCGGUGGUAGCAGAGGAAGUGAUGCUGAGUUGAUUUUCUAUGACAAGUUUAUGAGGCUAUGGAAGUUUCGUUAUUGCUACUGGAAUAGCAGCCAAAGCUUUGUGUUCACCAGGGGUUGGAACCGGUUUUUGAAGGAAAAAGAACUGAAAGCUAAUGAUUUGAUUUCUUUCUAUGUAUGUGAGAGCAGAAAGGAGCAAGAGGUGCAGAGAUUCUGCAUGAUAGAUGUGAACAACUAUGGAAACGAUAAUGCAUGGGCUGCAGCAGCCAACCUGCAGGUUGAAAGAGAAGUGGAUUUGCGGCUUAGACUGGGACAUUGUUGUACCUUUGAUGGUGGAAAGCAGCUGAAGCAAGAGCAAGAACUAAUGGCAGUAGAUGCAACAGAAGAUGUUAAUACCACGGGUUUUAAACUCUUCGGUAUGCAAAUCAACUGA